ACAAGGGAGAAUUUCCUUAAUUACCGAACGAUGAUGGAAGUAUUUUUGUGAUUUUUUUCACAAACUAAUGUCUGUUUUUUUUAAAAAAAAGUUGCCUGAACCGCGACGAAAAGAAGGCACGGUAAGACAUCACAAAGUUAACUUUGCUGAAGGUGUCCAGAACGAACCAAAAGAAGACGGCGGCGAGAAAAGUAAUCACUGCGAUAUUCAGUAUCCGCCCUAAUUUUCUUGCAACUGGAUAGAUAAGCCAAAGAAAAUGUCGAUGAAAAUGUAGAGGUUUAGACAAAUGCUUUUGUUUCAUAAUUUAAAAAAAGAACUGCACCUACGAAAGGACUUGAUUCCGGUAUACCAUGGCUUUAUUUACUGACUGUGUGAUAGUUCUGAAUGUGAAGGAGUUGCCAGUUAAAGAGAGAAACAAGUUGAAGACUGCUAUCAAGAACAAUGAUGGAAUAAUAACUUACAUCAUCAAUCAACAGUGUACUCAUGUUAUUGCUUCGGAUCUCAAUACCGUGAGUUCUUGCAGAUUGAAAGCCAUUCAGAAAUAUAAUAUUCCUGUUGUAAAUCUGGAUUAUGUGCCUAGCUGCAUUAAAGAAGGUAAACUUUUGGAUGUCAGCUGCUACAAACUAAGUGAACCAACACCUUCUACAAAUGCUGAUAACAAUGCAACAGAGAUGCAGCUGAUCAUGGAAAUUCCUCAUGAGGAGAUCCGAGAUGAUGCAGAAAAUUUUAGUUUUAUUUCUGCGCAUGACAGCAAUGUUCCUCCUUUUCCACAAGAUUUUGAGGUGGCAAAGUAUUCUAUAAUGGAAAAGAAUGAAAAUGCAGCUGGUGCUAUCGUGGUAGUUGAAUUACAGGUUUCUCAGAAAAAUGACAAAUUUCCUUUUCGAAUAUCUUCUCACCUUGAACAGAGCCAUCAGCGGCAGAAACAGUUCAUUUUCACCUCAAUCGCCGAGAAAGCUGAAGAAGCCUAUGACUGGUGUUUGCAGCAACUAGUUGCACAGGAGUUCACAGUGAAAAGUAAUGAUCUUGCUGCUGUACAGCACUUAACUUCAGACAAGUUGCAACAGCUUAUAAUUGAGGAAGCUCAGAAUACCAGCACAAUUUCGAAUGAAGUUGGACUUUUUGUGGAAAUGGUUUGGGCAGAAGCUGUGGGCCAUUUGGAAGAUCAGUUGAUCAAUCCAACCUCCAUCACUCUCAAUGAUGUAUCCAGGGCAGAAGGGAUCCUUUUGCAGUUAAAAAAGGCAAUUGAUGAUAAAGUUGAGGCAAAAACAUUGAGAGAUUUAAUGCUUCAAUUCUGUUCCACCUUGCUAAUCAGAUCUGAGACUGACUUCACAGUUACCAAGAGAAAAGUAUCUGAGAAACAAGAUCUCUGUCAGCUACUACGGGAUGUCAUUAAUGCAAGUGAAGCGACUUCAUGGACUCCCAUACCUUCUUCACUAACUAAAUAUCAUGCAUUGAGAUGUCAAAUUGAAUAUGUCGAUCCAAAUAGUGAUGAAUUUCUGCGUGUCAGAACUCAGUUACUGAAUACCAAUCAAAGUACUUAUUCAGUGAAGAUUUUGCAGAUUUUUCGUGUUGCCAGAUUAAUUGAAACUAAGAGUUUUCAAAGCCAUAUCGGCAAUAUUCAGCAAUUGUACCAUGCCUCUUCUGGAAGCAACUUUGUUGGUAUAUUAUCUAGAGGGUUAUUAUUACCAAAGAUGGUGGUAGAAGACUAUGGGGUAGAGCGAACUGAUGUCGGCAGUCUUGGAAGUGGAAUUUAUUUCAGCAAUUCCAUCAGCACAAGUAUUAAAUACUCAAAGCCAAGUAGAACUAAUGGGAGCCGUCUCCUGGUGAUCUGUGAUGUUUCACUGGGUAAAUGUAAAAAGUACUAUAAGAAGGACUUCACCUUAUCUACUCCACCAGCAGAAUAUUCAAGUGUACAUGGAAUAUGUAAAACUGAAUGUAUUUACUCAGAGUUUGAGGAUGAUGAGUUUGUUGUUUAUAGCACUUCUCAAGUGAAAAUUAGAUAUGUUGUCCAGUUCUGCUUCGGUGAAGACCAACUGAAACCUUUUCAUCCCCUGAUUAAUGUAACUCCUGAAGAAACCAGCCCUUCAACAUUGACAUCUACAGACAGUGAUAUAGAUUAUUUGGAAAUUGCUCAGGCUCCAGUGAAAAACAUUAAAUCUGGUCUUCAGGACAGUGCUGGCAAUGUGAUUGCCCUGGAGGAAAUCCACGUAGAGGCAAAGUUAAUGGAUCUUGUUGCAGAGGUUGUGAUUUUCCAAUCCUACAUGAACAACAAUACAUUUCCUAUAGAAGCUAAGUAUGUAUUUCCUUUGGAUGAUACAGCAGCUGUCUGUGGAUUUGAGGCUUUCUUUAAUAAAAAGCACAUAAUUGGCCAGGUAAAAGAGAAAAGUCAAGCACAUCAUGAGUACAGACAGGCCAUCAGAGAAGGUCAUGGGGCCUAUCUAAUGGAUCAAGCUGCUGCUGAUGUCUUUACCAUUAGUGUUGGCAAUCUACCUGCAAAUGCCAGUGUCAUCAUUAAAAUCACCUAUAUCACUGAACUCUCAGUUGAUCGUGAAUACAUUUCAUUUCUACUGUCUGGAAGUCUGACAUCUCAACAACGGGACAAAGCAUUGCAAGAGAAAAUUCAGGAAUCUCUGAAAAAAAUUGAUGUGCAGAAACUGGAACCAGCCGGUGGAUUCUCACUUAACUUAUCCAUUGAGAUGCCGUUUGAAAUAAAAGAAAUCACAUCUCCAACACACAACAUCAAAAUAAAGCGGACAGACUGUAAGGCUGUUAUCUCAGUGGACCAGAACAGCUGUCUAGGAGCUGGUUUCCAGUUGCUGAUUUUAUUGGCCGAAAUCCAUGUCCCGAGAAUGUGGGUGGAGAACAACCCAGAAAAAGACAGUCAGGCCUGUAUGCUGGCAUUUUAUCCAGAAUUUGAUGUUGGAACUCUUUCUGACUGUGAGGCAAUCAUUUGUUUGGAUUGUUCCUAUUCAAUGAGGGGCUUAGCUCUUGAAGAAGCCAAGAAAGUAGCACUUCUUCUGCUCCGAUACCUUCCAACCACCUGCAAGUUUAACGUCAUUAAGUUUGGCUCAGAUUACAAAGAACUCUUUCACUGCUCACAACAAAGAAAUUCUGAAGAUGCGGUAAAAACUGCAAAUAAUUUCAUUCUGUCCAUACAAAAACCUAUGGGAAACACAGAUUUUUGGAGACCAUUGCUGAAUCUGAACUUGCUUGCCCCAUCCAAAAGGAUACGCAAUGUACUUUUGAUUUCUGAUGGACACCUUCAGAAUGAAACUCUUACAUUGAUGACAGUACACCAGAAUGUCAAACACACCAGGAUAUUUACUUGUGGUGUUGGAUCAACAGCAAAUCGUCAUAUGCUCAGAAUGUUGGCACAAAAUGGAGGAGGAGCGCAUGAGAUUUUUGAUCGGAAAACCAAAUUCAGCUGGAAAGCAAAGGUUCUAUCUCAGGUGGAUCGAGUCAUUCAACCAGGCUGCAAUUCGAUUUCUGUGAAGUGGGAGCGGUUCAAUCUCAAUGCUUCAGCUCCAGUCCAAGCCCCGGCACAAAUUCACUCUGUAUUCAGCAAUUCAAGAAUGCUUAUCUAUGGCUUUGUCCCACAUUGUACUCAGGCCAAACUUUCUGCUGUGAUCAAUAACCAAGAGGUUUGUACCAUGGUUUCAACCACUGAACUGCAAAAGACAAAGGGCAAGAUACUUCACCGCUUGACAGCUAAAGCUCUUAUUGGAGAUUAUGAAAAUGGUAGCCUGGACACAAAUGAAAGUGAACAUGAAAUGAAGAAGUCCACUCUGAAAUCAUAUAUCAUUGAACUCAGCAAAGAAUAUUCGAUUCUGACUCAAUUUACUAGUUUUAUAGCCAUUGAAGAAAGGUAUGAACAAGAAGAAGACUUACUUCUUGGCCCCUCUGUUCAGGAACUUGCUGCAAAAGAAAGUGUGGAUAUUCUGCCAUAUAUGGUCUGGGAGCAACAGUUCAAACAUCAGGAAUUCAUAAUGGGAGCUUCACAGACAGAACUGUUGCAAGAAUUGAAAGUUUCCAAGAAAAGCUUUCUAAAAAAAUGUGAUCGAGACUUUGCUGAAACUUGCUAUUAUGCAAAACAAAGUAAUUCUUUAGCUCAAAUGGAAUACUUCUUGGGCACAAGUGCAUCACCUACUCCUUCUGAAGAGCCUGUUGGUAGCUGUCUGGUAGAUUCAAUUGCCAGUCCAUUAUACGCACCUCAACAUGAUGUAAUUAGUAAGUCAGUGAAAAUGGCUACUAAAGAAAAACCCGAUGUUCAGUCUUCAAAAUAUUCUUGUUCAGAUGAUGAGUUAAGUUGUUCAUUCGAUGAAAUGGACGUUUGUCUUGAAAGUAGUCCAAUUUUUCACAAUAUUGGAAAUACGGCACAUUUUAAUUUAGGAUUUUCAGCAACUGGUGCUUCUUAUAUUAAAAGGAAACCUUUUGGUGAAUCAUUGUUUGUAAAUUUUCCUGAGCCAAAUCAAUCACUUUUUGGUUUAGUUUCUUCAGAGGAUGCAUCUCUUUCUCUUGGAGCUCCAGGUUUUUCAGCAGCAGCAGUGCCUUCCGAUAUAUGUUCACAUGUGUAUAAAUCACCUUGCUCAAUGGCUGAAGGUCAUACUGAAUAUUCUGCCAGCUCUGUUGAACAUUCAUGGUGUUCUUCAAGAUCUCUGUCAUCUUUUCUUCAUUCACAAGCUUCACGUUCUCGUCGUUCCGUGGCUUCAGCUGUUGCAAAUAGCAAAUCAUUAAGUUUUAGCUCAAGGCUGCAAAUUCCACCAGCUGUAAGUUCAGAAGGUUUUGGCUUUGCUGUUUCAAAUACUUCCCAGGAUCAAGACAAGGUUAAUCAAAAAAUACCACAAUCUCCAUCCAUGGACACAAGCCUGACUACCACAGAUUCACUCACCACUAAGACAUCUUCGAAUUUUAAAAAAGUGAAAAAAUUUAAAACAGCUUUCAAUGAUCCUCAACGAGUCAGCAGUGUUCAUAAACUGAAGAAAGGCUCAGCAGAAGUAUUAAAAAUAAAGAACUUAAAAUUAAACGAAGUCACGCAUGGAGGUUCCAAGAAACAUUUGGUGUUUGGCAGUCUUCAGAGAGAAAAGGAAGAUACAGAGAAGGUACUAAGAAGCAGAAAUUGUAAAAUACCUUGGGUGCAGCUCUUCACAUGGCAAAAUAAGAGUGGCUACUGGAAAUUUACAUCUGACCUUGGAGUCUUGUUCGAAAUUAAUUUGGAAUAUCUAACAGAUGUUUUUCUUAUAGACAGAGGCAUUAAUUCUCUAGGUCACCGAGCAGCUGAAGAGAUUGUAUCGCUGAUUGCUACACUCAUGAUCCUACAGUUGAUUCGUUUCACUGAACAGUUGGAAGGGAUUAAAUUCAAAUCCCUCCUGUGUUUGGACCAGACAUUGGAUUCAGGGCCAACAUGUUGGGCAAUACAACAUGUAAAAAACGCCAUAGCUUGGGCUAGAAAAACAGACAGACAGUAUCCUGCAAUCUGUAGUCGUCUGGAACUAGGAAGGGACUGGGAAUCAGCUACUCGUCAUCUGUUACGGAUUGAUCCUCUCAAAAAAGGUUCACCACUUCAGCAGAUGUUUAACUGAGCAGAUUAAACAUAAUAAUAAUGUUUUAAUAUUAAUAGAAGCAGAAAAUGUUCAAUAUACUUGACAUUAUUAUAUUCAGCAAUUAAAAUCCAAUUCAGAAAGGCAUUCGAUUAAUUCAAAUGUUUCUAACGAUGGAAAACUAUCUGUACUGGGAUAUUACAAACAUACAUGGAUAAGUAUACUUCUAAACUUUAUAGUGGUAGAAAUGGUGCAAAUAAAUGUGCUAUUGUUUGAAAUAUUUUUAUUCUUCCUUUUACAUUGGGUUGGACUUUCUCUCUUGGGUUGAGAAACAGGUCAGAACUAUUUCUGGGAUCUCAGCCAUUGUGAAUUUCACAGCACCCGCUUAACUGGCCCAAAGACUGGCUCACCAUCCUGUUAAGGCCAUUGGGCAAGUUGUUAAAGCUGAAGGACAAACCAGAGAUCUACCUACUUGAAAGGAAUAGCAAGCAGCACUAGAAGCUAAGAGAGGAGGUGCAACAGGAUGGAAGUGCCUUCUUCUCAAAUUUUUCAAACCUAAAUUGAAAAAUGGCUAUUGCAUCCACAACACCAGUGUUGAGAAGCAGAGGCUUUGCUAAAUGAUGGUCUCCAGACCUGCUAUUGGAAGACUGUCUCCAGUCACUUAAACUAGUGCCCGCUGUCUGUGGAAACCUGGGAACUAUUGGUAAAAUCCCAGUCAGCUUCCUUUGGCCUCAAAUAGAUCCAGUUGAGCGAGAACACUUCCAUAGCAGAACAAGUGUGUCACCGAGCCGUUUCCCCACACAUUCUCCCCUGCUCCUCUUCAAACCAGCCUCCACAGAAAUGGGUCUGAUGUGGGAUGGAACUGGGAAAUUAGCCAAUGGACCUGUUUUUAGCUCUAUCUACUCUGAUCCAUGCAGCUGAAAAUGUAAUAUCGUUAAUUUUUGGGUGAGAAAUGUAACAUUAUAUUCUCUAUUAUUAAAAUAACAUUUUUCAUGUGA